AUGAUCAUUAAAGGAAAGAAAUUAUCUCCAUUAGCAAUAUCGCUAUUCUUAAUUUGGAUCGCUUCACCAAUAAUUGAGGGCAAGAAAUGGAAAACCUUAACCAUUGCCGGUUUUCAGCCGCUUUCUGGGAGUACAGUAUCUUACAUUGGAAAAAUCACUUUACCAGCCGGGCAGUUAGCUAUUAAGGAUAUUAACGCAAGACCAGAUAUUUUACCUGACUACAAUCUAACAAUGGAGUUCUGGAAUACGGAGUAUAAAUCUUGGGUUGCAACUAAAAGUUUCAUAGAUGCUAUCAAUAAUCCGCCCAUUAAAAUUGCUACUUUUGGACCACUGACUACGGUUGGCUCUAGACCGGUAGCUUCAUUGACUAAAUAUUGGAAUCUAGUCACGGUAACCAGUGGAGUGAGCUCUGCUGCUCUAAUUAACAGAGAUAUCUAUCCUUAUUUCUUUACGACUGAAACAACCGACGUAACUCUUAAUCCUAUUCGAAUAGCCAUGCUGCGACGAUUUAAUUGGACUCGGAUUGCUACGAUCCACCAUAUCUCAGAGCUACAAGAAAUAUAUAAAUCUUGGGUUGCAACUAAAAGUUUCAUAGAUGCUAUCAAUAAUCCGCCCAUUAAAAUUGCUACUUUUGGACCACUGACUACGGUUGGCUCUAGACCGGUAGCUUCAUUGACUAAAUAUUGGAAUCUAGUCACGGCCGCUAAAAAUUUUAUCAGAGAUGCAGACAAACUAAAUUUCACUUUGAUCACUACAGAAGCUUUUUUUACUUCUCCAGUAGAACAACUCAAAAGCAUUAAGUGGAGAGCAUUUCGUACAGAUGCUAAUGUUAACUGCACGUCAGAGCAAUUGGAAUUAGCAAUGUCAUCCUAUUUUACCUUUAAUAAUGUCGAGCUUGGUUCUGAUGAAACGACAGUCUCAGGGAUGAUUUAUGAGAAUAAAAUCUAUUGGAUAGGUGGAGCUGUACCCGCUGAUACGGUUUCAGUUGAAGUCAGAAUUAUUGGUGUUUCCCAGCAUGUCUUUAUCACUGUAAAUGUACUGGCAAUCGCGGCAAUAAUUUUGGCAAUUGUUUUCCUUUCGCUUAAUAUAAUGAAAAGAAAGCGAAAGAUGUUUCUUGAUAUCAAUUAA